GAGCAUAGCCGAGUGGCUUGGUCCUGGGAAGGGUACGUGCCAGGCCUUUUUAGAGGUCGGCUGUCUAGCUACAGACAGUCCUUGUGCAAAUGCCCCACAGAGGGGGUGGCACUCACUUGCAGGGAAAAUGAGGGACCCCCAGACAAGGUGGGAAGGAGUCCAGGAAGCAGCUGCCUGUGGUGAUUCUCUUGGGCUGGGGUGGCUGCAGGGACAAGAAUCUGGCCAAGUAUAGCGCCAUCUACCACAAAAGGGGCCUUGAUGUAUUCCCUGGUUGUAGAGUAAGCUCACACCCCACAUCCCUGACCAUGGCUCUUUGAAUGGCAGGAGCCAGGGCAGGAUGCACCAGACUUAGUUUCCUAGGACGUCUUCCCUUCCUGACCAGGGCUGCAUUGUGAUCCGAUACACGGCCCCCUGGCACAUGGUCUUCUUCUCUGAGUCCUUGGGCAUCCCCUCACUUCGUGUGAUGGCCCAGAAGCUGCUUGAGCUCCUCUUUGACUACGAGAUUGAGAGGGAACCGCUGCUCUUCCACGUCUUCAGCAACGCUGGCGUCAUGCUCUACCGCUACGUGCUGGAGCUCCUACAGACCCACCCGCGCUUCAGCCACCUGCACAUGGUGGGCACCAUCUUUGACAGUGGUCCUGGUGACCGCAACCUGGUAGGGGCCCUGAGGGCCCUGGCAACCAUCCUGGAGCGCUGGCCUGCUGCGCUGCGCCUGUUGCUCCUGGUGGCUUUUGCCAUGGUCAUAGUCCUGUUCCACUUCCUGCUCGCUCCGUUCACGGCCCUCUUCCACACCCACUUCUAUGACCGGCUGCAGGACUCGGGCUCCCACUGGCCUGAGCUCUACCUCUACUCCAAAGCUGAUGCGGUGGUCUCAGCCAGAGACGUGGAACGCAUGGUAGCGGCACGCCUGGCUCACCGGGUCCUGGUGCGCUCGGUAGACUUUGUGUCAUCCGCACAUGUCAGUCACCUCCGUGACUAUCCUACUUACUAUACAAGUCUGUGUGUCGACUUCAUGCAAAACUGUGUCCAGUGCUGAGGUUCUGCUCCAGAAAUAAACGCCGGGCACCUCCCUUCAACCUGCAUCUGUCCUGGGGGCUGCUGCCAUGGCUGCUCCCACAGACCUUGGGGUGGGAGUGCCAGGGCAAGUUUCUGUGGGGCAGCCUUGCAUUUGGACAAAUGCAGUGUUCUUAUGGUGUUCGGGCUGGAAAAGGUUAAGUGUGUGUGUCGGGUGAAUGGCUUAGACUAAACCCCAGAGUUGUUUUGAAAAAAAGGGGGGGGGGUGAGGAGAUAGUUGUAAAGUGCUGGCUGUACAAUCAUGAGUUCAAACCCAGAACACAUUUUUUAAAAAAAGCCAGGCAUGGUGACAUACACUUAAUUUCCCAUCUCUGGGGAAUUGGGGAUAGUCAGCUACUUGGAGACUGGUCAACUAGCCUAGCCGAAUGGUGAGCCCCAGGCCAGUGAGAGGACCUUUCUCAAAAACCAAGGUGAAUUAUCCCUAAGGGAUUACACCCUACCUCUGGUCUCCACAUGCAGAUUGCACACAAGUGUAGCUGCACACACAGAAACACACCUGGAUUGUGGUGAAAACCCUUUGCAUGGACCUCUGAACAAAACUCCAGACGUGCAGUCAGGGCCCUGCCGUUAACUGGGAGGAAGCACCUAUGUGGACAGCUUGAUGGCAGAUCCCAGCUCUCCAGCAGCUCUGCAGGAUCGAGAACUUAAUCAUCUCGGAGAGCUAAAGUUUUAUACUUGUUCCCAGAAUUGAUUUUAGGUGUGUGUGUGUGUGUGUGUGUGUGAGAGAGAGAGAGAGAGAGAGAGAGAGAGAGAGAGAGAGAGAGAGAGAGAGAGAGGAGAGAGAGAGAGGAGAGAGCUACCAGGCUGCCUCAAUCUCACUAUGUGGCUGAGGAUGACUUUGAACUCCUGAUCUUCCUGUCUCCGGCUCCCAGGUACUGGGAUGAUAGGCAUAUGCCACCAUGCCUGGCUUGAAUUUUGAUUUCUUGAAUGGAAGGUACCUUAAGUAGCAAGAGAGGCCGGGAAGCAGGGCUGUGAUCUCUCUGGAAGGACAAGGCUCCCCAGUGAGCACUGUUCCCCAUCUGUCCUGUCACUCAGAGAGGUUGUCUCUGACCGUGUGGUCUGAGAAUCUGAGACAGACACCAGAUGAGGUCUGAGGAUUGGGGUAUUUGGGGCCUGCCUGGUACCACACACUUUGUUAGGGGGCCAUUGAAUCUGAGGAAUUUGAUGGCUCUGUAUUUAACAGGAAGACUAAGUGGGGAGUAGAAAGGCCGCCAUACUCAGUAGGAGGGAGGAGGAUGUGUCUAGGAGGCCAGAACCAGGGUCGGGGAUUCUGGCUGAAAUUACACUCCCAUUUCCUAAAAGAUACUCCCACUCAGUACCCUCCAGAAGGGGGAGAUGACUGUCACCGUAAGUCCUACCAUCUACUGUGUUACAAGUCACGGCUGCACAAUUCUGGCACAUGGUAAGCUAGGCAUUCAGUAUUUGUCGAUUGAACUUUCUGUCAUCAAGGGACUUGGGUUUCAACGAAGGGUUUUCAAAGUUUGGCAAGCAGUUGGGAUCUGUGGGUGGGCGGGGGACUCCUAAGUCCCCAUUGAGUGAUGGACCCCGAGUCUCGAGAGGCCAACUGUAUUUGCAGGGCAUCAAACCUCCAGUUCUGAGAUACUUUUCCGAGUCCUUGGAGAUGUGGUUGCAUUCCUACCCGUGGCCAACAGGUGGCAGUGUUGCCUGUGCCAUGAGACAGCCUAAGUCAUGCUUUGGUGGGAUGCCCGCACUGUAAAUGUGUCCUUGGCCCCGGGGUGGGGGUAAGCAGCUGCCAACGAACCACUGAGUCCGAGGCAGGGAAGGGGAGAGUAGAGACGUUGCCCAGAACCAACCACUGAAGCAGGUUACCGUUUCCCAGGCACCAUCAGGGCUGCUGCCGCACUUCACAGUGGAAGCCAUGUCGUCUCAUUUCCGGCCCUAGAAGCUGUGCUCAGGAUAGUUGGUGCUACCAAGCACAGAGCGUGAGGGCCACAAAAGGCCUUUGCUGGGUUCCAACAAGAGCUCAUCUUCUUUACUGGGUGCAAAAGGAGGCAGGGGCUGCCAACCAGACCUUAUUUCUCUAUAUUGUGGGCAUCCCAGAAGUGGGUAUCAAGGCAGGGAUUUGAGAAAGCGGGCCAAGUUUGGAUCCUGGCCUUUGAGUCUGAGCAACCAUCUUUUUCCUCAAGGCGUUUCUAUGGUGAGGGCUCACCUACACUCUGAGCAUCGGCCUGGAAGGCACAGGUACUUCGCUGGCAGUGGGGGCCGUGGAGCUGACUACCAAGGCGCUCCAUUGACAGGCCUGACAGCCAGCAGUUCUUGACAUGGAUCUGGGCAGGUGGAAGCUCAGCAGGUGACCGAGAGCCAGGGACCCACAGCACAUUCUACUUGUCUGAGGCUGCUUCUGCCCUAGGUUGGGGACUAGUGCUGAUAGCCCCCUCUGUACCCCAAGCCCUGACCUCUUUUGUGAUUAAUGAGCUGACGAUUCUACAUCGAUAAGGAAUUAACCUAGAGCCCCUGCCCAUCGAUAGCUAGGAGUUCAGAUUCCUAGCCCUGCCCCACCUCUGCCUGCUGGGAGGCUCCAGGGCACCCCCACCACCCUGCAGGGCUUCACACACAGACGGCAGCUGGUUUAUACUGGUUUAAUCCAUGUCAAAUGUAGUUUACAAAGGGUAAGGACAAGUACCUUUGUAUAGAAUAUACAGACACAGCAUCACACCACAGGGCGCACAGGAAGGCAAGGGAGAUAGCACUUCCGCCCAGAGCAGCACUCUACUCCCAGGAGUUGCUCUUAACAUCAGGCUGGGCAGCCAGGCACCCUCAGCCAGCCCGGCUGCAGCUUGUUUCUGCUCGGUCCCAUCUUUCACCCUACCCCCCCAGCUCCUCAUAUGAGCCCCAUGAGCUAAGACUAAGGAGGAUCAUAUCCCUUGGGGCACAUGGCCCACGUCUGGGAGAAGAAAUAUACACCACUGAACACCGAGCACAUGGGAAAGGGAAGAGAUGCCAUGGGAGAGGAAAGGCAGGCAGGCACCUUAAGAGGUGGAUGGGCCGAGCCCCCAGCCAGCCCUGAAGGGGGCACUGCUUCCAGGAGUCAUUAAAAAAAAAAAAGAAAAUCGUACAACCAAAGGGGAG